AUGACUCCCGAUACGAGCUCGGAUGCAACCACACCGCAGAUCCCCUUGGUAAAAACUUGCCAGAAUUGUGCUCGUGGCAAGAUACGUUGCCUUCGAUCCGCAGAUAGCGGAAGUUGCCAACGAUGUCAACGUUUAGGAAAAGAAUGUGUCUUUCGUCAAGCACGCUCCAAGUCCGAUGGAAGUCGGCGCGACAAGAGAAUUGACAUUCUUGAAGAGAAGGUUGACCGGCUCCUGGCUAGAUCAGAGACGGCUACAUUCAAAAGACAGAUUAAUCAGGCAAGUUCCAUGAUGACCUACUCUCAAAGUAGUGGUGCGAUUAAUACAUCCAAGAAUCAAGCAUAUUCGAGCACAUCGCGGAGUGAAGCGUCUGAGAACCCCAACGCAAAUGAAGAUGUUAUUGACAAAGGCAUUCUGUCCAUGGAGGCAGCAAAUGCUCUAAUCGACACGUACAGAGCAACAAUGAUGCCGAAUUUGCCGUUUGUUAUCAUUCCUUCAGAGCUGAGUACCGAGGAAAUACGUCGAACGAGACCAGCAGUAUUCCUUACAGUCUUGACAGCAGCCUUGUACGAUAACAUGCCUUUGCAGCGUGUGCUAGAAGAACAAGUAAAAGUUGCCAUUAGCGACCGCAUGGUAUUUAAGGGAGAGAUCUCCUUCGAUUUACUCCAGGGUCUUCUGAUAUACCUUGCAUGGAGCCAAUAUCAUUCGCGUCCUCGCCGAUUCUCACAGUAUCUGCAUUUGGCAACCAGCAUCGUUGUCGACCGUCGACUGGACAGAGCUCCUGGCAUGCGGUUGUGGCAAACGAGGGUUGGCAUAGCUGAUAACGACUCAAACCCAGUGUGUUGGGGCCAGGAUGAGCAGAGAGCCGUUAUUGGAUGCUAUUACUUUUCGUCAAGCAUAUCUCGAAUCCUUCAAAAGCUAUCAACCUUUCCACACACGCCAUACAUUGAAGAUUGCUGUCAAUCGCUUGCUCGAAGUCCAACCUGUCCGUCAGACGCACAAUUGCCUCAUAUCGUACAUCUUCAGCGACUUUUCGAAGAUAUUGAUAACCUAUCGCCUCAGAAUGCACCAGAAAUGCAUGCAACAGAUGCUGUCCUCGAACCCCAUUUUCGCAAGAUGAGGGCCGAGCUAGACCAGUUCAGAGCUGAUUCCCUCGCUGCCUUUGCACACAAUCAGUUUAUCGUCAUGCAGUUCCACACAGCAGAGCUAUACCUUUGCCAAAUCACCCUCUUUGACCGGAAAACAUCGAAUGACUCGAUGUACUGGUCAUCGCUCCGCGUCGAAGCUCUAUCAAUGGGACUCGUGGCAGCCAAACAGUUCUUUCAAUUUUAUCUCGCGCUCCCAUUGCGUGCAGAGACUGUUUUCAAUAAUACGCAGUGGGUGCAAGGUGGAUUUUGCUUGACACUAGCUGCAAAGCUCUCUGUCGCCGCGUCAGAUUCCUCGAUCGACCGCCAAGUAGCAAAACUCAGAGACUCAUUAGACGUCUCUGCGAUACUCCAGCAGGUUAUCCUACGCGUCCAAGCGUUAGUCACGCCCCUGGUGGACGCACGGGGUGAAAGAGACGUAUUUUAUCACUAUGAAAAUCGCCUCAAGCGCUUACAGUGGUGGUAUGAAACCCAGAUGACGCAGAUUCCCGUCCAGCGCCAACAUCAUGCUUCUCCAACAGCAAUGGCAUUUAACCCUGUUACCACCGCGGGGCCGUCUCCAGUUCCGGCAGAGGAUUUGCAUGCGCAGUGGCCUAGCAUGUUGCCUGAUGCAACAAUUGAUGAUCUAUUCAAGGAGUGGAAUUCCGACGUAGGCAUUUAUUUUGGCAUCGCGUAA